AGGCCUUUCAUCCAAAGGCCGGAAGGAAAUACUGUCGCGCUGCUACCGAUGUUGUUGUCAUGUGCGAUAUGUAGCUAUAAACAGUAGUGGUGUUUGUGUUAAUGUGUUGUCGUUUUUUUUUAAAUAUAACGUUUGUGUAAGAACAGAGAAUGGCUGCAAUAGUGGCAUCGCCUAUCACCCCCACGGAGCUCGACCCUGACCGGUGCGGAAGCGAGGAGGAGAGCCGCGGGGCCGAGGCGGAGGAGGAGAGCAGCCAGCAGCAGACAGGCCCCAUUGCCGCCGUGAGCCACAGCCGACUAUCCAAACUCCCGCUGGCCCGCAUCAAGGCGCUCAUGAAGACCGACCCAGACGUGUCCCUCGCCAGCCAGGAGUCUGUGUUCAUCAUCGCUAAAGCCACGGAGUUGUUUGUUGAGAUGAUUGCCAAAGACGCCCUGGUGUAUGCCCAGCAAGGCAAGAGGAAAACUUUGCAAAGAAAAGACUUGGACAACGCGAUAGAGGCCAUAGAUGAAUUUGCAUUUCUUGAAGGCACUCUAGAUUAAAGAGGACUUCAGGAGGACCAAUCAGAACAUUGAAUAUCUGCAACCACCCAAGAAACCUUCCAUUGCAGGCACACAAUUUAUUGUGGAAACCCUUCUGGUACUUUUCUGAGUCAAACUCUGUGUCUCAAGUCAUAUUGGAAUGUUUAUAAAUGCUUUUCUACAAUGUGCCAUUAAGAAUUUUCAUACUUAACUUUGAAGACGUCAGUGCUGAUGUGUACAUUAUUUGUAAAUAUUUGUGAAAUACUACUGUACAAUGGAAUAAAUUUAAGUUUCAAACUGAA